GAUGCUGCUUGCGGUAUGUGGUCGGACAAUGAGCCCACUAAGGAUAAAUGAGCGUUAGGCUUCACUUGAAAGAUCGUUUAUUGCUAUUUUACACUGAAAAGUCCUACAAAGGAGAUGGCAAUUUCAAGAAAGAUUUGCUCCGGGUCAUCUAGGCAGGAGCAUGAGGCCUUUCUGUUGUAGCUGGCUCUGUACUGGAAUCACCGCCACAGUGGAAGAAAACGGCAGCUCAUGGCGCCAGGCCUUUACAAACUCGGGCUUCAGCCCAACCCCAGAGUUUCCCGAACACUUGUGCAAGGCCUGCGGGGGCCAUUUUGACACCAUCGCAAGACAGCACGUAUGCGCCGACUGCAAGAAGAACUUCUGCGGCCGCUGCUCGGUGCAGCUGGAGCCUCGGCGGCGCAUGAUGUGCCUGACGUGCCGGCGCUUUCAGGGCACGCUGUUUGAGCGUGCGCAGCUCAUGCGGCUAAAGGUGCGCGAGCUGCGCGACUACCUCCACCUGCACGAGGUGCCCACCCAGAUGUGCCGCGAGAAGGAGGAGCUGGUGGAGCUGGUGCUGAGCCAGCAGACGCCGCCACCCAGCAGCAGCAGCAGCAGCAGCAGUGACAUGGCCGCCGCCGCGCAGCUGCCGCCCGCGCCGCGCCAGCACGCAGCAGAGGGGCCGCCAACGCUGCACGAUCAGCUGGUGGAGCUGGAAUCGGAGCAGCUCACAGAGGAGGAUGAGGAAGAUGAGGGGGAGGAAGAGGAGGAGGAAGAGGAUGAAGAAGAAGAGGAGGAGGGGGAGGAAGAGGGUGGGGAGGAAGAGGACGAAGCAGUGGAAGUGGGGCAGGAGGAGGAGGAGGAAGAAGGCGACGAAGAGGAGGCUGAGGACGAGGGGGAGGAAGAAGAAGAGGAAGAUGACGAAGAGGGUGUCCUUCAGUCCUCAGAGGGCGAGGAAGCGCUGGCUCCAGGGCACCGGACCUCCCUGUCCGACCUCAGCUGCGUAGAGGACAUUGACGGCCUAAGCGUGAAGCAGCUGAAGGAGAUUCUGUCCCAUAACCUGGUCAACUACCAAGACUGCUGCGAGAAGUGGGAGCUCAGCGAACGGGUCACUCGUCUCUAUAACGACCAGAAAGACCUGCAGAAUCUGGUAACAAAUGCUAAACUGGAAGCUGAAGCGGCAGAGCCAGCCAGUUCUAAAGGAGAUGAGGAGAAUCUGUGCCGGAUCUGCAUGGACUCGCCCAUCGACUGCGUCUUGCUGGAGUGCGGCCACAUGGUGACCUGCAGCAAGUGUGGCAAGCGCAUGAGCGAGUGCCCCAUCUGCAGGCAGUACGUGGUGCGGGCCGUGCACGUCUUCAGGUCGUAACGUGGCAUGCAGGGCGGGACGGGAGGAAGUUCAGCAGCCCACUGGAGGCUACUGUAGGUCUUUAGCGUGCAUCGUUUCUGUUUCUCAUUUACACACACUUACCCAACACAUACACAGAAUUCAAUAACAAGCAAUCUCUUUACCUCUCUCUCUUUCUCUUCUCAUCUGUCUCUCUUUCUUUUACUAUUUCUCUCUGAGUCACUCUUUUUCUGUCUUUCUCCCUCUGUUAUGUUUUGACUUUCUAUCUUAAAUGCUGCAACAUUCACAGACUUUCUGGCAUUCCAGAGACAGGACAUUACCUUUGUGAGGUUUCUGACACACUCAUGCUCACUAACGUGUUGAAAUCACAUAAACAUGUCUUAUUUUGGAAACAUGUAGUGAGAUAUCAUGGUGCACUUAAGACGUUCCCUCAGUGGAAUUUAGAUUCAGGGUCCUGGACGAGCUUCUCAGACUUUCUAGUUGAACCACUUUCUCAAAAAGGGUCUCCUAAGGUGGGGUUUGUUUAAUGUGUCACUGAGGCCAGCAGAAGUGAAGUUUACCCAGAAUCCUAUGUGGUAGCCAGUCUUGUUCAGAUACCGGGACUGUGUAAAAAUGGUCAAAGUGCAUCUGCAAUACAGAUGGGGUAUAUGGAGACAAUGAAGCAGAUGCCAAUCAUUCUGCAAGCAGGGUUUAUCUGCAGGCUACUGUGCACUUCUGAAGCAGAUCUAAGUAGCAUUAGAUAUAUCUCUCCCUGUCUGUAUUUCAGUCUGUCAGAAGAGGACAAUCUCUCUGUAAUGUGAUGUGUGGCGAAGAGAAGACGGCUUAGCAAAGCAGUUAUAGUUAUGUCACUUACCCUCAUAGAGUGCAAUCAUUUGUCUGAGAUGGAACUUUAUCUCAGAAGCAGAGCUGGACCGCUUUGUACCAGUGUGCUGGACAUUGGGUAAUUUUGGAACAUGCCGUUUUAGGCCCUAGUAAUCCAAAACAGAUUUUCCACUUCAUGGUGCCUCUGCCAUAUUCUUUCAUGACCAAAAGCAAGCACUUAAUAGAAGAAUUCAGAGAUGUUAAGAACAUAUUAAGUACCUUAUCUGCCCAUUGAGGAUUUAAUUACAAAUGGCACAUUGUAGAUGGUCUUUUGUGAUAGUAUGAACACAAUAAAUCACAUUUUUUUUUGUCUAGUGUGUUUUAUAGAUGAUGAAUGUAUGAUACAAUGUUUACCCGAAUGGAGAUGCACUUACUGGAAUGCACCGAGGCAAAAAACAUGGCUCCUGUCCAAGUCUGCUUGAGGUGAAUGUAACUUAUAGGUCAAGGUCAUAUACGUAAUUCUUACAGUUACAGUACAUCGCAAAAGAGAAACAGGCUAGUUUGUUUGUUUGUUUUGUUUUGUAUGCUGUUCAGCACACAUGAAUGCAGAAAUCUUUAUUAUGACAAAAAAAAAAUAUUUUGAGGAAUGAAACUUACUAUUGGAUUUUGUCUUUGUGGUUCAUUCCUCACAUUCUUCAUUCUUGUUUGGCAUCAUGAUCGUUUGGAUUAAAGUAAAGACACCCAGCGAGUGUCUGAGAAGACCUUGUUUACAGGAAGUGCUUUCCCCAAAAAUGCAUCAGUUUUAUUUAUGCUCGGAGGACAAUGCUUACCAGAGAGCAUCGAAGCUUUAAGCUUGAGCUUGGUCACUUUUUUUCAAAACUGGAUCAAGUGUUUUGUUGGUUUGUUUGUUUAUUUAUUUGUUUUCAAAUAUUUCUUGUGGAAAACUUGUAUGGAUUUAUCAAAGCAGUUGUCCGGGUUAGUGUUCAGUGUGGCAACCAAAUCUAAUCUCUUCCAUUCAAGGUUACGAAGUAGUAUUGCAAAUGAAAUCAGAAGUCGAUCAUACAAUCUACAUUCAAGGCAGAGACAUUAAACGGCACAGAACGAUUGAAAGCCUCAUAAGUAAAAUAGCUGCUGCAAAUACCUGUAAUGCGAUUUGCCUAAAAUUACUGGGAUGUAAUUUUGUUGUUUGUGUGCCAAAUUAUGUAGUUCCUCUGCCGUCUGUGCUAUAUGAUCUCAAAAAAAAGUGAAAGCCAAGUAUAAAUUUUAGGUAAAAUUUUGUGGAUUGUCUGGAGUAACCUCAAAAUAUAAAUACUAUUCUAACCUCAAAGUACUUAAAGCUAAUCCAAUGUCUGUGGAGUGCAGUGACAAAAAAAACAAGAGUAAAAUCUAAUCAAUAUUAGACAAGGCAGUAUGUUGUAGGAUGUGUGUCCAUGCUGUUAUUAUAAGUAUAUGGGGCUAAGCAGAAAUGAAGAUGCAUGCAAGCAAAUGGGAGAGUUAUCAUUAUUCUAGAUCCCUAUAAAACACUUGGAAUGGCUCCUUUUGGUAUAUCUUGUGUUUAUGUUGUCUCAAUUGUUAUGACAGUUAAAUGGUAUUUAAUAAUAAUAUAAUAUUAAUAAUAUAAUAAUAAUAUACCAUUGUUAUUAACAAUGUUUAAUACCCCAAAUACCAUUUAAACCGGGAUGUGUUAGCAUUCAUUGCAUUCAUUGAUUGUCAGUUGAUUUGCAUGUUGCAGCACUGCUUUCUUGUGGCUAUAGAAUUGAUGGAUAGUAUAAGAUUGAGCCUGAGCCAUGGGCUUUAUGCUGAGUUGAUUCUGAAGUCUACAAUGCAAGCUUAUAGGAUUUAUAAUUCUGACAAAUUCUAUAUUUUUGACAAACAUGAUCAUUAUAUACCGUUGUUAUCUUGUCGUUUUGAAUAAUUUGUUUGACAGUUUUGUAUGAAUAAAAGUGCUGAAAUGAA